GUUGUUUUAUUUACCUUUAAUAAUACGAUAUUUGCCGAGUGUAAUAAAUUCUUGUGAAAACAAAAAGAAAAUGACUUCAAGUGUAUCCAAGAUGCAAGUUUUAUCUUUAUAUAAAUUGCUUAUGAGAGAAGCCCAAAAGUUUCCUAGCUACAAUUUUCGCUCCUAUGCUCUAAGAAGGGUCAAAGAUGCUUUCAAAGAAAAUAAAUCAUUAACAGAUCAGAAAAUCAUUAACAAGGAAUAUGAUUUUGGAAUAGAAAACUUAGUCAUAAUUAGGAGACAAGUAAUAAUUGGCCACUUAUAUAGGACUGAUAAACUCAUAAUAGAAAAUAAACAGUAAAUUACUCAGCAAUGUUUAUAAAUGAUGAAUUGAUUUCGCUGUACCAUUUGGAAUUGUGUUCUGAAUUUAAAUAUCAAUGCAGUAAUAUUCUUCUACAUAAAAGUAAUGAGUAAACUCACUACAUUAAUUGUCAUUUGAAAACAAAGCAGAACAGUGACCAAUGAAUAGUACCUGCAGCAGCAGAUUAUGUUACUAGAAAAUGUAAUUAUUUUUUGGCAUAUUAUAGUUUAGAAUAAACUAAAAAAAAUUACAGUAGAUCUACAAAAGACAGUAAUGUGUGACAACUCUGCUUCUGUAAUUUGUCCUCCACAUUAUAACAUCUCUAAUUCAAAGUCUAAAAUUGUAGACAGCAUGUGUUAUGUUAACAAAAUCCCAUUAAAAUUAAUAUUCAUUUAUUAAUUAUAGGAUCCUCUAGAUUAAUAGUACAUAUUGAGAGUGAGUGUUUCAUCUUUUGAUUCAUUACAAUUUCGGAGGAAACAAACCAGUUUUCAAAUUUAAUAUGUAGUAAAAAGCAAGCUUUGUUUUUGUCUUUUUCGUAAUACUUUUCAAUUCCAAAUGGUAUUCAUCACGCUAAUAAUAGAAACAGUAAGACAAUAUUUACUUUUUUGUAAUUUUAAAGACAUAUGUAAAUAGAUUUAAGAUGUAGUCAUCAAAAAUAUGGAUUAAAUCCAUUUUUUAUUUAAUUGAUAUUAAAAAAAGUUAUGGCCUUACGGCCGACACUCAAAUGAGGUGAAUAAUAACAGAUUUGUGCAGCUGACAUCACCCAGACUCGCUUCACUUCGUUUUUCCGAAGAUAUUCGUACUAAUGCGCUGUCAUUACCGCUUCGCUAAGCAGCGCCCACAGCUUUUCUUUGCCUAGUGUAAUGUCAUUCUAAAGCCGGAAUCAUAUCUAGCUCGCGUUAUAUGUCGCCACGCGUGAGUUAGGGAAUCUGUAUGGCGUAAAACUCAAGUUGCAUAUUAGUCGUAUAAUUUUUGCGAUACUGACACCUGGACUCAUCUGGAAUCUAGUGGUGGCAUGUUGGUUUCUGCACGUAUUAUCUUUCGAACCUCGCAGGUACAUUAUUUCAUAGGAUUUCUUAGGCGCACUUAAUUCUUAGGAAAUGAAAUCCCGAAGUAUACAAGAUCUUAUAUUAUUAAAAUAGUUUUAAAAAAGUUGUACUAGGCACUACUCUUAAUGUAAUAAAAAUUCUCAUAAACAAUAAUUAAAUUUUUAAAAUAUAUAGGUACGGAAGGUAUUUUUUCCUAAAAGAUACUAUUACCUUACGCUGUAAGAUGUUUAAGAUGCCGUGAGGAAGCGUACUCUGCGAUUCAAUGCAAAAUCGUAUGCAAAUCUAAAUUAAAAUAAUAACACAAAGAUCUUUAUUAAUUUAAAAUACUUAGUUGGAAAUGAACGCAGUGAUAUUAUAUUUAAUCUAUAGUUAUUCAUUUGUACUAGCACAAAAAUUAAUGACGAAAAAUCUUGCGAAGAUAUAAUAAAGACGAGACUAUGUAUUAAUUUUAAGAAAUGAUAUAAACUGGUCAUUUUGUCCAUUAAAUAUGAUACACGUGUUUAUAAUACGUUUGUUGUCUUAGGUUAGCAUAAAGUUGGUAUAUAUUAUAUCUAUGGUGUCGUCCAUUUAUUAAGUAAGAAGAUUUAGAGAUGAGUCGACUAUGUCUUAAUUAUUCUUCCAUAAUUAUUCUUACAAAGAAGAGGGCGUCUCUAAAAUUCUACCAAAGCCGGUCAUUAAACGAUAAAUCUUCGCAUAAAAGUAGAGGAUUGAUGAUAGAAAACAAAUUAUCUAGAUAAUAAUGUGAUCCAUUUUAAUCUGGCGUCAAUCAACACAUAACAAGAUCAAUCUGACAUCAGUUUGAUAAAGAUAAAGGUUUUCCCGCCAGAUUGAUCAUCUAAUGGCCCUGUUACAUCAGGAAUAUUCGCUAACAAAAUAAUUAUUUAACAGGGGAGCGUUUCAGCUGAAUCUUACUUAUUCUUACAUAGAACGAGAGAGGAAAACUGGAAAAAAACAUCUUAGGUAAUAAAAAGAUGACGCCUAUGCACGUGUAAAGUAAAAUAAUAAACCACAUUUGUAACUUUUUAUUAACAAAUAUUUCGAGACCAAUUUAUGUUUUGUUUCGUUCUAUUUAUAAAUAUGUCACGAAUUCUUCAUGCGAGUGAAUAUAUUUAUUUGUAAAAAAUAUUACCUUUGAAGUUUUAUAUGUUAGGAGCUAAUGAAUGCGAAUCGCAAAUACUUAGAAAUUGACAUAUAAAAAACACAAUGAAAUAACUACCUCAAAGCUUGGUCUUUUUAAUUUCAAAAUAAAAAAAAGAAACUGUAUUUUAUACUUCAGACGAAUCAAUUAUGUGACUGUAUGAUGUCCAAAUAUUUAUGUAAUGUCAAUAAAAAAAUUCAACAUCGCCAGUUAAAACUUAACAAAAUUAACUUAAACAAAAUUUUAAACGAUAUCAGUCCCGGAUCUAGGGGAAAACCGGGGCUCAAGCUCCGUGCGGCAGUUUAUGGGUUACGCCAAAGUCACGAUUAUGAUUGAAAAAAAAAUAACUAUACAAAAUGGUUUCGAAUAAAUAGUUAUCCUUAAUUAUUCAUUAGAAAUAAAAAUGCCAUACCAUUUGUGUGUUGUUUUAUUUGUCUCAUAUGCUAGAGAGAUGGGGCAACACAAAUUUCUACCUCUGUUCGAAAAAAAUAUAGAUCCGUGACUGAAACAUAUUUGGAAGUUUGCAAAGAAAAUAAAAAACAAGAUGUUACAAACACAGUCGCAUUUUCAAACUAACUGAAGAACUUUUUUUCAUUUAAUUUAGCCUGAUUUCGUUACGUAUCGAGGAUACCUAUCUAUUACUAUUUAUUUGUAAUGUACUACACCGUACACAUUAUUUGUUGCAUUUGUAACACUAGUUUAGUUAAAUUUUAAGAUUUAUUGUUGUAAAUAAACGAACAACUU